CUGCCAUCUAUUUAUGUGCAGUACCUGCCCGUCAUUGGCCACACAGCCACUGAGAAACACAACGUCGGAAGCACCAUGGCCAGGAUCCUUGAUUUGGUCAAGUUUACCAACCCGCGCUUCUAUUUUCUCAUCGGUGUGGCCUCUCUUGGUAGCCUGCUUUUUUCGAGCACUCUCAGAUCAGACAGGCCUAGGAUCGUUGCGUCUCCCUUGGAGACCAUUCUACCACAACUGUCAGCAGAAGACACCAAGAAGCUGCCAUAUCCUCCAGAUGCACUACCAGGCGCCAGAGAUGUACAGUCACCAUACGGCAGCAUUCGAGUGUACGAGUGGGGGCCUGAGGAUGGAGAGAGGAUACUGCUCAUCCAUGGUAUAUCAACACCAAGCGUUGCGUUGACAGAUUUGGCACACAAGCUCGUCAGCAAAGGAUGUCGAGUGAUGCUGUUUGAUCUCUUCGGCCGCGGCUACUCAUCCGGCCCCUCUCCCUCAACCCACAACUACGACUCAUGUCUCUACACCACCCAAAUUCACCUCGUACUCUCAUCCUCCGCCCUCUCCUGGUCCCGUAGCAACCCCUUCACAGUGAUCGGGUACUCCCUUGGUGGGGCCCUCGCCUUAGACUUCACGUCCUACUUUCCGCACCUAGUCCAUGCCCUGAUCCUCCUCGCACCCGGUGGCCUGAUCCGCCACUCACACACAACCUGGAAAUCAAGGCUCCUCUACUCCACGCUCGGCAUCAUUCCCGAGUCCCUGACCGAGCGUCUCGUUGCGAAAAGAUUAUGGACGGGCCCUGAAACGGCCCGGACAAUAGAACCAGAACCUGCCGGUGCAGUUGUUGAGAAAGCAGAGACGAAGCGGAGAGGAGAUGCCGUCUAUGCUUCUUCUCAUCACAACCUUCUCCCCGGAAAUGCGGCGAGCUCGGUGUCAGCGGUAGUGGACUGGCAGAUACAACAUCAUGCUGGGUUCGUCCCGGCGUUCAUCUCGUCGAUUCGGUAUGCGCCGGUUCAUGGGGAACAGGGGCGGUGGAAUGUUGUGCGCGAGAACAUUGAAAACGGGGUAGGGGGGUUGAAGAAGGUAUGGGUUGUGUUGGGGGAAUCUGAUCCGAUUAUCGUUGCUGAGGAGAUUGUUGAGGAUGCGACGAGUGCGCUGGGCGAGGAGAAUGUGGGGGUCACGAUCGUGAGCGGGGUGGGGCAUGAGGUUGCGAUUGAACGGGCGGAGGAAAUCUUGGGCGUCGUUGGGAAAGCGUUGGGAAGGGAGGGUUGGUGAUUUGGAACAUGUGUAAGAACAAAGGGCGAGGGUGCAACGAAAGAGGAGGGGAAAUAUAGACUUUCUCUUCUUAGAUAGAUCGUUGUGCCUCUCAGAUAGCUUGAUUAUGGAUCUGAAACGGAAAUGACAAUAGGUA